CUCAAAAUCAAAAUAGACGCGUGCCUGCUGCAUAUGACUCACUCAAAGUCGUAGACUCGUAGGCCAAAAUCCAAAUCAUAAAACCCCAUCGACCCAACUCACCGAAUCAAGAAAGAAGAGAGCCUUAAAACAAUGAAAGCAAUAGUAAUAACAAGCCCAGGGGGAGCAGAAGUCUUGAAAAUCCAAGAAGUAGAAGAACCCCAGAUCGGAGAAGAUGAAGUUUUGGUCAAAGUUGAAGCCACUGCCGUGAACAGAGCAGAUACACUUCAGAGGCAAGGUGGUUAUCCCGUACCUCAGGGUGCUAGUCCUUAUCUGGGUCUUGAAUGUUCUGGAACUAUCUUGUCUGUUGGCAAGAAUGUUACUGGUUGGAAGAUUGGUGAUCAGGUCUGUGCUCUCCUUAGUGGAGGAGGGUAUGCUGAAAAAGUAGCUAUACCAGCUGGACAGCUUCUUCCUAUUCCACAUGGUGUUUCUUUGAAAGAUGCAGCUAGUUUUCCAGAGGUUGCUUGCACUGUUUGGUCAACAGUGUUUAUGACAAGCAAGCUAUCUUCAGGGGAGACAUUCCUGAUACAUGGAGGUUCUAGCGGAAUUGGUACUUUUGCUAUUCAAAUUGCCAAGUACCUAGGAGUUAAAGUAUUUGUCACAGCAGGAAAUGAGGAGAAGUUAGCAGUUUGCAAGGUUCUGGGUGCUGAUGUGUGCAUUAAUUACAAAACUGAAGACUUUGUUGCACGAGUCAAGGAAGAAACGGGAGGGAAAGGUGUUGAUGUCAUACUUGAUAAUGUUGGAGGACCAUACUUGCAAAAAAAUCUUGACAGCCUAAAUAUUGAUGGGAGACUUUUCAUUAUCGGCUUUAUGGGUGGAGUAUCAACACAAGUAAACCUUGUUAGUAUGUUGGCAAAACGCCUCACAGUUCAGGCUGCUGGUUUGAGAGGCCGAAGCUUAGAAAACAAAGCUCUGAUUGUGAGUGAAGUGCAAAAGAACGUUUGGCCAGCAAUAGCAGCUGGCAAGGUAAAACCCGUGGUCUAUAAAUACCUACCAUUAGCUGAUGCCGCAGAAGCUCACAGCAUCAUGGAAAGCAGCAUUCAUAUUGGGAAGAUAAUGUUAGUUCCAUAAUGUAAAUUGGGGCAAGGUGAUUGUAUUGUUAUCAUGAUGUUAUAGUUUCCACUGGAUUAAAUAUAUAGACUCUACCAUUGGACUUGAGGGAAUGAGAUGAGGUCUGUCGGUGAAUGAAUUAAAUUUUUAGUGAGUCUGGACAUUUUGAGAAUGAAUGCCCGUUCACUAUUUAUUGGCACACCAUUCUGGAGGUAGAAACUUUCAUAUAAUAAAUUCAAGACAAUCUUGUAAAGAAUCCAAUUUCUGGAGUUCUGCAAUUAUUGAAUGAUAGUAGUAUAAAUUUGCAA